GUCAGCUGAGCGCGAACGACGCUAUUUUAUUUUUCUAUUGACGUUUUUUUUAACUCGCGAUGUCGCAGCAAGGCCCCGCGUUCGACGCGAACGCGAUGACGCUUACGCGAUGGGUGCUUGCGCAGCAGAGGACAGCGCCUGCUGCUACUGGAGAUCUCACACAGCUGCUCAACUCUAUACAGACGGCGGUCAAGGCCAUUCAGUCGGCUGUCAGGAAAGCCGGUAUUGCUAAAUUGCAUGGCAUCUCUGGAGACACGAACGUGCAGGGCGAGCAGGUCAAGAAGCUGGACUUGCUGUCCAACGACCUGUUCAUCAACAUGCUCAAAUCCUCCUUCACCACGUGCCUGAUGGUGUCUGAGGAGAAUGAGAACGUCAUCCAGGUGGAGACUGAGCGCCGAGGCAAAUACAUCGUCUGCUUCGACCCGUUGGACGGGUCUUCCAACAUCGAUUGUCUGGUGUCCGUCGGUUCUAUCUUCGCUAUAUACAAGAAGCAUUCAGACGGCGAGCCAUCAGUGGCGGACGCGCUCCGCCCCGGCCGGGAGCUCGUCGCGGCUGGCUAUGCACUGUACGGCUCUGCUACCAUGAUGGUGCUAUCGUUGGGUACCGGCAGAGGCGCCCAUGGCUUCAUGUAUGAUCCUAGCAUUGGGGAGUUCAUCCUGACUGAUCCUUCAAUGAAGAUUCCGGAGAAGGGGAACAUUUAUUCUAUAAAUGAAGGUUACGCCGCCGAAUGGGAGCCAGGCCUAAAGAAGUACGUAGAAGAGAAGAAGAGCCCCAAAAGUGGGAAGGCGUACGGUGCGCGCUACGUCGGGUCCAUGGUGGCCGACGUACACCGCACCAUCAAGUACGGCGGCAUCUUCAUGUAUCCUGCCACCAAGUCUGCGCCCAAUGGGAAGCUGCGUCUCCUGUACGAAUGCAACCCGAUGUCGUUCAUCGUGUCGGAGGCGGGCGGCGUGGCCAGCAACGGGAAGAUCCCUAUCCUGGACAUCGAACCCGCGGCCAUACACCAGCGCGCCCCGUGCUAUCUCGGCUCCAAGAAGGACGUAGAGGAACUGCUCAAGCAUUUCAAGUGAUUUUUAUAUAUCUA